AUGUUUGGUUUAUUUACCCCAGACCCAGUAAUCACUAUUAAAAUUGAUGAGAAUCCCAAGCUCAAAGAUUACGCAACCAAUAUUCUUAAAACAUCAAAUCCAGUUUAUACUGCAAAAGAUAAAGUUACUGGCAAACUUGAAAUUUUACCUCCCCCAGGCAAAUUUGUUUCACAUAAGGGUAUAAUUCUUCUUCUUGUUGGUGAGUACAGGCGUCCCGAUGGCGAAACACUUAGCCGUUUCUUUGUCAAGCGUCAAGAACUCGUCCCUCCUGGUGAUCUUAAGACUCCAAUCAAAAACGACUUCGUUUUUGAUGCUGUAGAUUUCCCAUGCUCAACUUACAAAGGCACUGCUGUUAAUGCUCUUUAUUAUAUUCAAGUCUUAGUUACUCACAGAAUGAUUGAUCAGAAGGUUGAACAGCCAUUCGAUGUCGUCAAGUUUGACGAUAGAGUUAAAGAGAAGUCAAUUCACAAUGAAGUUGGUAUCAGAAACAUUCUCCAUAUCGAAUUCGUCUUUCCAAAGUCCCAAUACGAUAUCAAAGAGGCAGUUGUCGGAGCAGUUUAUUUCAUUCUCAUUAAACUGCGUAUCGUUCAUAUGUCUCUUACUUUCUACAGAGUUGAAAAUUAUUCAAGUGACGAGGCUUACAUCAAGAAGAAGACCGAAUUAAAGACAAUCGAGAUCAUGGAUGGCGCCCCAUGCCGUGGCGAUCACAUUCCAAUCCGCUUCUUCCUUGGCGAUCUUGAUCUUUAUCCUUACGAAUCAUUCAAAGCCUCAAAGUUGGUCGUCGAGCAUUACCUCAGAGCUAUUCUUAUUGAUGAGAAUGGAAAGAAAUACUACAAGCGCCUGAAAGUUACUUUCGAUCGCCUUCGUCCAGAAUGA